AUGAACAGAACAACAGAAUACCUGAAGCACAUAGACAAGAAGACACAAGCUCCUCCAACUUCAAAGAGCGAGAGCUUCUACGACACCAUCAAUAUAAAAAUAAAGAGGAUAGAAAAGAAGCUGGAGAAAUCCCUUUCCUACAGAGAGAUACUCAAGGUGGAAGAGGAGUUCAAUACUCUUUCUCUUGAGGUUCAGCAAACAUUGGAUACAAUUUCUGUAGAAGGCUCAAGUGACCUUAUCCUUCACUUUGAAGGAGUCAAGAAGAUUAUUUUGAUGAGGUUGCAAAGGGUCGAGAAAAAACUCAGAAACCUCAAGGACUCGAAGAUAGGAAUGAGCAUUGAUCUCGAGCCAGAAAGGCCGCAUACAUUUAAGAAUGUAGAAGAGGUCCAGAUGAUGGAGGAGGAAAACAAGAGGCUGGUUGAAGGAUACAACAUUGAGGGAUACAGGCUAACAAGAAAAAGACUUCUUGAGGUCGAGGCACUCCAGGACACAAUUUUCCAGCAUCUGACUCUUCAAGACGAGAGAAUUGACAGCAUAGUAGACCUUACCUCAAGGGCAGGGAAGUUUGUUUCUUCAAGCAACGAGGCACUGGGGAAAACAAAGAAUUCUGGAAAGUUUGCUCGGAGAUUUCUGUUUAUUCUAUUGCUUUGUUUAUCCUUCGUUCUGUUGUUCCUCCACUACUAUUACAAGUAA